AUGAGUCAAGCCAGCUUUGAUCGUACACAUGAAUUCUGGGAGGCUGUGAACGUCGUCGCUCACAAGAGCGGCCUUACAGAGGCCAAAAAUGUAGACGCCCUGCGUGCCUUCGUCAAGGAGCACCAGCGCGACUAUGUGCAGAGCGGACGCUGCAGCGAGGCAGAGCGGGACAGGAUAGAGGAGCAGGUAGGGAGGUACAUGCGCAGCUGCACGGCCAACAUUGCGCGGCUGGAGGCGAGCCUGGGGCCCGAUCAGCCCGGGGCACGCGGCCUGAAUCCCCACAUGUUUGCUCACCGGCACGGCGUGGCAUUGAUACUCAGCGAGCGGCUGCAUGCGAUCGGCAGCAGCUUUGACUGCUGCAGAAGUGUGCGCUACCAGCAGCUCAAACAGCAGCAGCUGCGCCAGCAGCAGCAGAGGCAGCGGCUCAGCUCUAACUCGACAGCUUACAGGCCGGAGUUUGACGCUCAGCAGCAGAGCCUGCCCUCAAACCUGAACCAGGAACAGCAGCAGCUCAUAGAGGAGGAGAACAGGGCGUUGGUGCAGCAGCUCAUGAGCUUGAAUCAGGGCGCCACCAGCAUUGAGACCACCAUGAGGGAGCUGGCUACCCUGAACCAGAUGUUUUCAGGCCAGGUCUUCCAUCAAGCACAGCAGAUAGAGCAGAUCUACGAGCAGGCGGUGCAAGCCACAAUGAAUGUGGACAAGGGGAAUGUGCAGCUUAAGAAAGCAAUCAGGGUGGGCGGCUCUGCGCGCUCGUACCUCUUCUGGUUCUUCGUUAUUGCUGCUGCCAGCCUCCUUUUCCUGGACUGGUUUUACAGCUAG